UGUUGACGAAUUCAUUCACAAUGUUCAAAUGCAAGUUCAUUCCACUUGACUCUCGAAGUGAUUGUCGAAUAUUGUAUGACAAUGCCCAAAUCAUUUCUUAUACGUAAUGUAAUGAAGAAAGAAGGGAGAUGUGAUAUAGGUACCACAUCUCCUCAUCUAGAAAGCACAACCAAAACGACCUUCAUGGAAACAUCCUUCCCAGAAUACAUGAUUUCACAUCCGGGGCUCUCCCCACACAUUUUGUCAGCGUCACCAUACCGUAUUCCAAAACCAUGGUCACGACAUACAGUCUCACCAGCUGACCUUUACCCGGAAGGAAAUUACCACGUGCCUUUGUCAGUUCUCCCGUAUUCCCCUUGCAUGACGAUUAACACUUUUUCCUUAAACCACUGGAACUACUCACCAAUGAUGUCACUAAUGAGAGGUGGUGACGCAAUAGAAACCAAUCCUUCCCCAAGAAGUUCAACGUCAAGCUUCAUGCCAGUAAAGAAAGAAAAAUCUGAGAAACCUCGAUUUGAUUUUGCUAACCUUGCAAAAUCUGCUACAGAAAAAGAUGAUAAUGACGAACGCGUCAAAAGUGAACCAGAUGAUACAAACCAGGGACAGGAGGCUAAAAUCAUCAGCAGUGUCAUCAUGAAUUCUGGCUCUCUCAGGUAUAACCCAAUGACAAGUAGUUUCUCCCCCGUCAGUAACCUUCCACCAAGAGUGUUCGCCCCUGUGAAGAGACCACGUGGUCGAGGACCCGCCAGAACUAAGAAGGAAUUCAUCUGCAAAUACUGUGGACGUCACUUCACCAAAUCCUAUAAUCUUUUAAUCCACGAACGGACGCACACAGACGAGCGGCCUUACCCAUGUGAAAUUUGUGGGAAGGCUUUCCGGCGCCAGGACCACCUAAGGGACCAUAGAUAUAUCCACUCUAAAGAGAAACCGUUUAAGUGUUUGGAAUGUGGGAAAGGGUUUUGUCAAUCCAGAACUCUGGCCGUGCACAAAUCACUUCAUAUGCAGCAACAAUCGGGUCAAGCAAAGCCCAGUAAAAGGGAUACAGUGUUGAAAGAAAACUCCUCCAUUCAGCGAUGAAAGACUUGUGGAAAGAUAUUAUUUGUAACCUGGAUCCGAUUGCAGGUCCCUGUAUGCAGUGUUGGUGCACUAAAAGAUGACUGCGCCCCGUUCAACUUUACAAGUGACAAAUUUGCGGCCGUGUGCAAUAUGUUAUUUUACAAGUAGCUGCUGAGA